AUGUCUUCAAUUAACAAUGUCGCAGUAGUUGGAGCCUCAGGAACCGUCGGCAUCCCCAUCACCACCGCCCUUCUCUCCGCCGGCUUCCAGGUAACCGCCAUCACCAGCUCAACAUCCACAUCCACAUUCCCCCCCAGCGUCACCAUCGCGCGAGUAAACUACCGCACAUACACACCAAACUCCAACCCCUUCAUCGCAGCCUUCCGCAACCAAGACGCCGUCAUCUGCGCCAUCACCACAGAAGCAACGGGCGCGCAGCAGAAACGCAUCAUCGACGCCGCAGUCGCCACGCGAGUCCCCCGCUUCAUGCCUUCUGAAUUCGGCAUCGACUUGGCCGGGGCCCGUGGUACGAAGAUCGGAGCGCUGCUGGGGCAGAAAAGAGAGAUUAUCGAGUUUCUUGGGGAGCUAGCGGGCAAGUAUACUUGGUUUACGUGGACGGCGCUUUCGACGGGGUCGUUUAUUGAUUGGAGUCUCAAAACCAACAUGUUCGGGAUAAAUUUCCAGAACAAAUCGGCUAGGAUCUACGAUUCUGGAAACAAGUUGUACUCCCCCAGCACGCUGUCUUUCGUCGGGAAAGCAGUCGCUGCAGUCUUGAGGAAACCUGCCGAGACAGCUAACAAGUAUCUGACGGUUGCUUCAUGCACUACCUCGCAGCGCGAAAUCUUAGAGAUUGUCGAGGAGGAGAUGGGUGAGAGGUUCCAGGUUAUCCCGGUUGCGACUUCCGACUUGGAGAAGAUUGGGGACCAGAAGAUGGCUAGGGGUGACAGUAGCGCUUUUGUUGAAUAUCUUAUUCGGCAUGUAUUUGGCGAUGGGGCGGGAGGCGCUAUUGAGGAUAAUGCUGCGGAGUGCCUAGGGUUGGAGGAGGAGGAUUUGCGGACUAUUGUUAGGAGGGUUUUGAGCGAGUUGUGA